AUGAGCGUCAUUCUCUGCACUGCUGGCUAUGAUCACACGAUAAGAUUCUGGGAAGCGCUGUCAGGCAUCUGUUCCCGCACGAUCCAACACCCCGAAUCCCAAGUCAAUCGUCUCUGCAUAACUCCGGACAAGAAAUAUCUGGCAGCCGCCGGUCGUCAUGUCGUGCGACUCUAUGACAUCAAGUCCUCCAAUCCAAACCCCAUCAUGACCUUCGAAGGGCACACGAACAACAUCACCGGCGUCGCUUUCCACUGCGAAGGCAAAUGGAUGGUCACCUCAUCUGAAGACAAUACCGUGCGCGUAUGGGAUACUCGCUCAGGCCUCAUUCAGCGUAGCUACAAUCACGACCAUCCCGUAAACGAUGUGGUCAUUCACCCCAACCAAGGCGAGCUUGUUUCUGCCGACCGUGGCGGCGUCAUCAUGAUAUGGGAUCUCGGCGACAACAAAUGCACCCACCAGCUCAUACCUGAAGACGACGUACCCGUCUCCUCGGUCAGCAUUGCCUCCGAUGGCUCCCUUCUCGCCGCAGGUAAUAACAAAGGCGAUGUCUAUAUCUGGCGCAUGUAUCAGAACCACGACAGCACCACAUUGCAGCCCUGCCGCGUCUUCAACGCCCACAAGACCUAUCUUACCCGCCUGCUACUGUCUCCAGACAUCAAACUGCUCGCGACUUGCUCUGCCGAUCACACCGUCCGCAUCUGGCGUAUUGAUAUGAACGAAGAAUCUCUCGAGCCAAUUCCCGAGCCAGCGACUCCUCUUGCCUCAUCCUCUAACUCUAAGGCGCAAGACCCCUCCAAUAGUACGUUCGACGAAUUUGGCACCGAAGACGAUGCAGACCACGAAGCACGCUCUCGUAGCUCCAGCAACAUCACCACCUCUUCGGCAUCCGCUUCGGCAGGCGGGUCACGGCCCGGCACAGCCGCGUCUUCCUCCUCACAACCUCCCUCAACUCCACUCGACACCUUCCGCCCUGUCAAUGCCGUAAUCGCCAAACGCACGCCUCUGCAGCUCGAGACGGUAUUGGAGUCGCAUCAACGCUGGGUAUGGGACUGCGCCUUUUCGGCUGACUCGGCGUACCUUGUCACCGUCUGUUCCGACCAUUACGCCCGCUUGUGGGAAGUCGCGAGCGCGACCAUCAUACGACAAUACAACGGACACCAUCGAGGCGCGGUCUGCGUGGCGCUGAACGACUAUUCGAGUCCACCUUAG